CCAUAGGCGUGGGUUACUUUUUUCAAUUUCGACUGAUAUUAAUUAAUACUCUCACCCAUCUCUUCACUUGCCUUCCGCUUCUGGUUCCUCGGAAGCGUCCCUCUCUCUCUCUCACUUUUAUAUAUUAAUGCACAUAAACUGUUGUCGUUGUUGUUGUUGUGAUCAUUUCUUAGAGAGAGAAGAAACAAAACUUUUCUGAGAGAGCAGACACUGUGUUUGGUCAAAUCGCCCGGGAAGAGGAGCAUUUCUGUUCUGUCCUUUUUGCUUGGAGAACGACGACGAUACUUAAGAGGGAAGCUCUGAUAUGGCUGCCACUGCCUCAUCUGCUAGUGUACGGUAUGCGCCGGAGGACCCCACCCUCCCAAAACCAUGGAGAGGACUUGUUGAUUGUAAGACUGGAUAUUUGUACUUCUGGAAUCCAGAGACCAAUAUAACCCAAUAUGAGAGACCUGUUGCCUCCUUGCAUGCAACCGCUCUACCGUCUCAAGAAUCUCUGAGUUCAUCUGUUCAAACGACCCCAGGACACUGCUGGAAAAAUGAAAGUGAAGACAGAUAUAACCAAGGUAGCAAUGGUGGCUCAGAGAAGGUUGCUUCUGGAGCAGGAACUAAUCAGACUGCCAGAAUCCGAUCAGAUUACUCACUGAAUGAUCCAAAUUUGAGAACUGGCACUGCACAUGGGCCAUUUGCAUCUAAAGGUGCAGAAACUGGUUUGUCUGCCGAGUCUUAUCGUCUUCGCCAUGAAAUUACUGUAACUGGAGAUAAUGUGCCCCAGCCAUUCUCCUCAUUUGAAGCCACUGGUUUUCCUUCAGAGAUUUUACGGGAGGUAAAAAGUGCUGGCUUUUCUGCUCCAACUCCAAUCCAGGCGCAAUCAUGGCCCAUUGCUCUUCGAGGUCGUGAUAUAGUUGCCAUUGCUAAGACAGGGUCUGGCAAGACUUUGGGUUACUUGAUUCCUGGAUUUAUUCAUUUGAAACAAAGGCAUAAUAAUCCUAAAUUAGGCCCAACGGUUUUGGUUCUCUCACCAACAAGAGAGUUGGCUACUCAGAUACAAGAUGAAGCUGUGAAGUUCGGAAAAUCAUCUAGGAUAUCUUGUACGUGUUUAUAUGGAGGUGCACCUAAAGGUCCUCAGUUGAAAGACUUGGACAGAGGUGUGGAUGUUGUGGUGGCUACUCCUGGUCGAUUGAAUGAUAUUCUGGAGAUGAAUAGAGUUAGCCUCCAUCAAGUGUCAUAUUUGGUAUUAGAUGAGGCAGACAGGAUGCUGGACAUGGGUUUUGAACCCCAGAUAAGGAAAAUUGUGAAGGAGGUGCCUUCUCGUAGGCAAACCCUGAUGUACACGGCGACAUGGCCGAAGGAAGUGCGCAGAAUUGCUGCUGAUUUACUGGUUAACCCCGUUCAAGUUAACAUCGGAAAUGUUGAUGAGCUUGCUGCGAACAAAUCAAUAACCCAGUAUGUUGAAGUUUUAUCACCAAUGGAUAAGCGCCGACGCCUGGAACAAAUAUUGAGAUCUCAAGAACCAGGAUCAAAGAUAAUUAUUUUCUGCUCUACAAAGAAAAUGUGCGACCACCUUGCAGGUAACCUAACCCGGCAAUUUGGAGCUGCUGCUAUUCAUGGUGACAAAUCUCAGGGUGAGAGGGAUCAUGUUUUGAAUCAAUUUCGCACGGGAAGGUCCCCGGUGCUUGUAGCCACUGAUGUUGCUGCUCGAGGACUGGACAUUAAGGAUAUCAGGGUGGUGAUAAAUUAUGACUUCCCAACAGGAAUAGAGGACUAUGUUCACAGAAUUGGAAGAACUGGACGAGCAGGUGCCACUGGGGUGGCUUAUACUUUUUUCUGUGACCAAGAUGCAAGACAUGCAUCAGAUCUUGUCAAACUUUUAGAAGGAGCAAACCAAAAGGUUCCUGUUGAAGUUCGUGAUAUGGCUUCACGUGGUGGUGGAAUGGGAAGGGGAAGGCGCCAGUGGAGCUCUGGCCCUAGUGGACAGUUUGAUUCCUCGUACAGUGGAAGGGAUGGGGGAAGGGGAGGUUGGGGCAUGUCAUCAUCUCCAGAUAGAGGUCUUUCCGGCGGUUAUGACUACAAGCAGCAUGAAAGACAUGGUGCUGGAUCCUUUGAACAAGACACGAAUGCUACAGGAAGCUUCCAUUAUAAGAGCUUUCACGAGAGCAUGAUGGCUGCUGCAAAAGAUGGAGGUACAAGUGGCAGUAGCCCCAACAGGAAUUUUGGAUGGGUUGAGAACCAAGGUAGAGCCCGUAGCCGUAGCCCUGAGAGAUUUGGUGGAGCAGCUCCUACCAGACGUAGUUUUCAUGAAACUAUGAUGGAGCAGGCUCGACCAUUGCCAUCUACCAAUGAGCAAACCUUACCUCAUGGCAAUGCUAAUACGAAGGAAUCUAAGAGUUGUGAUGGCCCACAGAGUCAUUGUGAGCAAUCAAUCUCCACACCUGAUGUUAACGAAAAGGAAACUGUUGGAGCAUCACAUAACAAUGCUGGGCAGGAAUUGGGAGAAUCAUCUCCCAGGCAAUCAGGAAAUGAAGAGUUUGGCCAUGGAUUAGACACCAAUGACCGGGAUGAGGAAGAUAAAGGUAUGCUGUUAGCAGAAGAAAACAGGCAUCUUAGCAGCUGUUGGGGGAUUCAUAUUGUGCAAGUAAGACUUUGAAUACUUGGUGGUUGAAUUUCGGCCCCUGAAGGUGUAUGUCUGAUAAACAGUAUCAAACUGUCGGAAUUUUUGCUGGACAUUUGUGUGCUGUAGCAGGUACAAGCAUACAGGAGGGGGCUAUAGGCAGAAACGCUAAUGCCAUAGAUGAUGGUCGUCUCAGUUCUUUUUGUUGUAAAUGUAAAUCUAUGGUUGGUCAGUAAUUAGGUUUUGUUGCUUGAAAUUGUCAUUUACAGGAUGUGUUUGGUGCCAUGUGAAAAUGAGAUGUGCUCCUAGAUCUUUUAUUUCUCUGAUUUCUGUAUUGGGGAAGUUUGAUGAUUUGGUUAUGUACAUAUUCAUUCGCCCA